AUGGGUGUGAACGCAUCUAAAACGAAAUGCCUAGUUCUUUCUCGUUCUUCUGCCCGUUGCUCUCUUCAGAUUAACGGAGAGGCAGUGGUGCAGGUGGAGAGGUUCAGGUACCUCGGAACUGUUUUUACUAGUGGUGGAAAAUUGGAGAAAAAGAUCGACUGGCGAAUUGGAGUAACAACUGGCGUUCUGCGUGAACUAGCCCGGCCCACUGUGACUAAGGCCGAACUCAGUCUGUAA